AUGGAUGACUACUGGGAUCCGGCCAAAAAGGAGCUCUGGGGUGAUCCGAAGCUGCUCGAGCGUCUGCUGAACUUUGAUAAGGACAACAUUCCAACCGAUGUUAUGACAAAGCUUCUGCCACUGGAGACAGAUCCGGACUUCGAGCCAGAUGCGAUCAAAAAGGCAUCUGUGGCGGCUUGUGGCAUCUGCAAGUGGGUCCGGGCGAUGAUCGUUUAUGACCAGGUUGCGAAGAUGGUUGGGCCCAAGAAGGCCGCUUUGGCCGGGGCAGAAGCGCAGCUUGCAGAAGCGGAGGCUGCUCUCGCUCCUCGGCAUGCAGAGCUCCAGAAGGUUCAAGACAAUGUCGCCAAACUGCUCGAGGACUUUGCGACAGCUAAGCAGAAGAAGGAUGACCUGCAGAAUCAGUUCGAGGUUUGCUCCAAGCGCCUCGUCACCGCAGAGAAGCUAAUCAACGGCCUUGGUGGUGAAAAGUCACGCUGGGAAGCGUCCUCCGCCAAGUUGGGUGAGCAGUAUGACAACCUGACAGGGGAUGUCUUGAUCUCCUCUGGAAUUAUUGCUUACCUCGGCUGCUUUCUGGCCAAGUACCGAAUCGAAUCGGUGGACUCCUGGAUCUCUCUCAUGCGGGAGAACAAAGUGCCCUCUUCUUCGUCCUUCUUGCUGCGAUCGGUCAUCGGCGAGGAUGUGGUGAUUCGCCAGUGGGUCAUUGACAAGCUACCCAAUGACCAGGUGUCUAUCGACAACGCCCUGAUCUUGUCAAACUCCAGGCGUUGGCCUUUGAUGAUCGACCCACAAAUCCAGGCCAACAAGUGGAUCCGUAAUUCAAAGGGUGACAAGCUCCUGGUCUUGCGUCUCUCGCAGCAUCCGGGCAGCAAUACUUUGGGAUCGGGGCCAUCUCGGUGUGGGAUCCGGCGUUUGAAAACUACCAUGUGCUGCUCGCUUGUUCAGAGUCCGCAAGGAGGCCUGCCACAAGGUGGGAAGACUUGGUUCUCGAUAGAAGCUCCGAGGCCUUCAUGUCCUCUUUAG